UGCUUGCUUUUUACCCUUCUAAUUUUUUUCUUUCUUUCUCAUCUGCUUUUGCUUCAAUGGCACUGUCUUUUAUGUUUGUAAGCCCGAUGCAGGGGCUGUCUUGUUUUCAUUGAUUGCGUAGAAGUUGCUCUGGCAAACUUUGGGACAAGAGAGAUUUUUCUUUCUUUGCUUUAAAUAAUGGCAGUGCCCUCUUAAACUUAUUGACUCUGAGCUCCUGUCCAAUGUUUAUGGUCCUGAAACUGCAAGCAAAGAGAUGAAGAAAAGAAAGCAAGCCUAAAACACCACUUUUUGUGGAGAACAACUUAUCGUCUGUCAGCAAGGAUCAGAAAAGGAGUUGCUUCAGGAUCAUCAGGAAAGCUGUUCAGAAGCCAUGGGGCACUGGAGCUCAGGGAGAGCCAAACGUCUGGCCACACUGAUCUCGGGACUGGUGGAAUGCAUGUGUUUUGCAGGUGUCAUCUUUGGAUGGGCAUCCUUGGUCUUUGUCCUCAAGGAUUUGAAGUACUUUGAAGAUCUGUGUGUGCCCAUUGCCAAUCAGACAAACCAGACAGACUGCAGUGCCCAGGAUGAGCAAUUAUCUCUCAUCUUCACCAUUGGCUCCUUCAUGAACAAUUUCAUGACCUUCCCCACAGGCUACAUCUUUGAUCGCUUUGGCACCACAGCAGCCCGCCUGCUUGCCAUAUCUUCCUACACUUCUGGUACUCUCCUAAUUGCAUUUUCCACAGCAGCCACUGCAGUGAUGUUGUUCCCAGCACUAUCAUUUCUGUCGAUCGGUGGCAUCCUCCUUAUCCUCACCAACAUGCAGGUUGGGAACUUGUUUGGAAAGCAUCGUUCAACUGUCAUUACCCUCUAUAAUGGAGCCUUUGACUCAUCCUCUGCUAUAUUUCUUGUCAUCAAGCUGCUGUACGAGCAAGGCCUCUCGCUGAGAAGCAUGUUCCUCUUCAUGUCUGCCUGCAGUGCCUGGCACUUGGUUCGUACUUUCUUCCUGAUGCCCCGCAGCCAUGUUCCUUACCCGUUGCCCCCUGGAUAUACAUAUGGACUUAGCUGUCAGAGGAGGUCCCAGUCAUAUCGUACUUACGAAGAGCAGCAUUCCCCUAAGAACCCUAAUGAUGAUCAAGCCUCAGACUCGGAUAUAUUGCAUCCUGACUCAGCACUUAAUGAAGUAAAUGCAGCCACCAAAAUGGAUGCAGCUAAAGAUGAAACCACAGUGGUGCCAAGCUUGAAGGAGCCAGCUGUGAUUUCCUUCAGAAGCUGUGUCUUCUCCCAGUUGUUUUUCUGGCACCUGAUAUGGCUGUCGGUAAUGCAGCUGCGCCACUACCUCUUCAUCGGCACCCUCAACCCCAUGCUGAUACACUUGGCUCAUGGAGAUGCCAUCCUGGUGAGCAGUUACACCAACGCCUUUGCCUUUACCCAGUUAUGUGGAGUCCUGUGUGCCCCCUGGAAUGGGCUUAUUCUUGACCGCCACAAGCGCAAAGGGAAAAAGGGAAGCAAUUCUCAAGAUUCGCUUGCCGACCUGCGUUCCUGCAUUCUCUCACUGACCAUCACGGUGCUGCAGUGCAUAGCAUUCUCAAUUUGUGCCUCCAUUCCAGUCUUGCCUGUGCAGUACGCCACCUUCAUCCUGCAGGUUCUGAGCCGCUCCUUCCUCUACGGAGGCAAUGCUGCCUUCUUGGCUAUUGCCUUCCCCCUGGAACACUUCGGGAAGCUGUAUGGUCUGGUCAUGGGGCUCUCAGCUGUGGUGUCACUCCUCCAGUAUCCUUGCUUCUCACUCGUCAAGGGCCCACUUGAGGGGGACCCCUUUUAUGUGAAUAUUGGCCUCAUAGUCUUAAUGCUGCUGGCUUUAGUCAACCCUUUCACGGUGUGGCGAGAGUGCAAGCGACGGCAGAAAGAAUGGGAUGCGGCACACCAGACGGACACCCCAGCCUUGCCUGCAGGGAAACCAGGGCUGGAGUCUUCCAUCUGAACCCUUCACUACAUAGACUUUGAGAACCUCUCUUAACAAAAGGGAACAUUAAGAAGAUGCAUUAAGGGAACUGAACAACCCGUGCUAAUGAGUCUUGCUUUUUUGAGCCUCAGUUCCAGGAAAAGAGGGACAUAAUCCAACACAGAAGACAUUCUUAAGCCCCUUAGAGCAAAUGGGUUUAAGCAUGCAACACUCCUGGUUGGAUACUGACCCCAUAUUUCAAAACCAAGUUGUUUAUUGUUCCCUCUUUACAUAGCAUUAUUUUUCUAGGAAUUGAUCCAUACCGUAUUGUCCUAAUAUGGAGAACUGAGACGUAUUUUACGUAUUUGUAUUUUGUUAUUUUGCAGAGCUAUAUUUUUUGUGAGUCGCUGUUAAAAUGCCAGUAUUAGAGGUCAUCUAACCUUUUCCAGUUACAGAAUGUUUAAUGCAUCGGAAAAUGCAACUUUAUUUUAAAGUGGAGAUCCUAACAUAUUUUUGUCCUCUUUUUGGGGGAAAUUCUGUUAGCACUGUUCUGUUGGUGUAAACCAAACUGAGGCACUACAAAUAAUUAAUUAAAAUUAGUUUAAAACUUCCUACCUCUGCUUCUAUCCUGUUUUGACUUCCAAGGCUCCAUAAGGGUACCUUUUGCCAU